AUGGGUCAAACAUUGUCAGAGCCGGUCGUCGAUAAGAAAUCGGCCUCCGGCCAGGAUGACCGCGUCCUCUUCGGCGUCUCGUCCAUGCAAGGAUGGCGCAUCAGCAUGGAGGAUGCGCACGCCUGCAUUCUCGACCUCAAGCCCGAGGGCGCCGACAGCGACUCCGACAGGCCCACUGCUGCCGACCUCCGCCUGAGCUUCUUCGGCGUCUACGACGGGCACGGCGGCGACAAGGUGGCCAUCUAUGCCGGCGAGAACCUCCACAAGAUCAUAGCAAAGCAGGACGCGUUCAAGGAGGGCAACAUUGAGCAGGCUCUGAAGGACGGCUUUCUCGCCACCGACCGCGCCAUUCUCAGCGAUCCCAAGUACGAAGAGGAAGUUUCCGGCUGCACCGCAUCCGUCGGCGUCAUCUCCAGCGACAAGAUCUACGUGGCCAACUCUGGCGACUCCAGAAGCGUUCUUGGCAUCAAGGGCAGGGCGAAGCCGCUUUCCUUUGACCACAAGCCGCAGAAUGAAGGCGAGAAGGCGAGAAUUACGGCAGCGGGUGGCUUCGUCGACUUCGGCCGUGUGAACGGCAACCUUGCGCUCUCCAGAGCCAUUGGCGACUUUGAGUUCAAGAAGAGCGCCGACCUUCCCCCGGAGCAGCAGAUUGUGACUGCAUUCCCCGACGUCACCGUGCACGAGAUCACUGACGAUGACGAAUUUCUGGUCAUUGCUUGCGACGGCAUCUGGGACUGCCAGUCGUCGCAGGCCGUCGUUGAGUUUGUGAGACGUGGCAUCGCCGCCAAGCAGGAGCUGCAGGACAUCUGUGAGAACAUGAUGGACAACUGCCUGGCCUCGAACAGCGACACGGGCGGUGUUGGCUGCGACAACAUGACCAUCACCAUCAUUGCGCUGCUCAAGGGCAGGACCAAGGACGAGUGGUACAAGGCGAUUGCUGAGAGGGUCGCGAACGGCGAUGCCGAGUUCCGGGGACCGGGCAUCCAUCACCGCUAUGAUGACAGCCCCGACGACUACGACAUGGACAUGGGCCGUGGCACGAGAAUCGGCCAGGGAUUGGGAGGACGCAUUAUUUUGCUCGGUGACGGUACGGAGCUCUCCAGUGACUCAGCCGAGAGCGAGAUGUUUGACCAUGAUGAAGAGGACAAGGACCUCGAGUCGCAAGUCAACAAGAACCAGCGGGAGGAGACGCCCGCCCCGACCGCUGCCUCGGAGGCAGGCACACCCUCCAAGGGCGCCGCCCCCUCGGCCUCGCAGGACUCGCCUGCCUCGGACAAGACGGAGAAGUCGGAAAGUGCGUCGAAGGUCACGGUCAAGCAGGCGGCGGACAGCAAACCGGCCGAUGCCGAGAAGAGCAAGUAA